AGUGUAGCCCCGCAUCAGCCUGCCACAACAACAGCCCGGGGAGCACGAGAGACGCGCGGCGAUCUCCGGUAACAGGAGUGCCUCUCCGGUGGCGAGGCGCCGCCUGUCGCUCGGCGGGUUCACGUUUCAGCCUGAGACAGCGGGUCGGUGCUGCGUGGGGGUUGGGUCGGGGAGAGGGAGUGAUCAGUUGACACCCGGCGUUGUUCGCGCCUGGAGCGCCAGUGCUGUCCGGGGCAGAGUGUUCCGAAGUGGUGUUUGUGUUGGAGCGGCAGUCAGUGAGCGGCUGGUUUUCCGCACUGAGGCCAGGGCCAUGGACUGGCUGGGUCGGGAGAUGGACCGCCUGUUUGGCUCGGAACCGGAACCGGAAAUGGUCUCACCCGGGCUGAGACGCGGCGGGAGCCUCGGCGACACACCGUCGGCCUCUUUCCAGCGACAAGAGCGGGCGGUACGGGGCCGCGGGGAGUACCUGACCGGCCGGGGCUUCUCCCACCCUCUCUCACCGACCCCGCCCCUGGCCACUAGCAGCGCCUCUCCGUCUGUCCUGGGGUACCUCCGCCCACCGCAGCUCCCACAGUGCGCUCCGCGUCCUCCGGCCGUGUUCCGCUUCCCUCCCGCUCCCCUAGGAGCUGUCCAUUCCUCCCUACCGUCCUCACUCUCCUCCAGGGAGCCGGGCGCCAGCUUCCCCCGCAGCUGGGAUCACCAGGAGCCGUCCCAGCCCCAGUCCCCUGCGCUGACCUGGACCUCCUCCGACAGCGACUUCCCGCCGCUCUCCCCUCUCUCCGUCUCCUCCCGCUCCCCUCCGUCACCGCUCUCCCUGCGGCCCCGGGUCGUGCCGCGCGCAGAGCGACCUCCCCGCCGCCCUGCUCCGCUGCUGGCGGCCGGCGCCGGCCCCGGCGGCGACUCCGCGCUGUUCUGUCGCCGUCGGCGGCGCCAGCGGUCCCGGUCCAAACGACCAGGGGGCAGCCCCGCGCCGAAACGGUCAGGAAAGUCAGCAUGUGCCUUCUGUCGAAAGAAUGGGGAAAGCAAAGAAAUCGUCACAUCCCAUGAUCUUCGCGAUUCUUCAGGUCGCGUGUUGUGUCCGAUCCUGCGCAGCCACGUCUGUGAGUUGUGUCACCUGACCGGAGACCACGCCCACACCCGCACCUACUGUCCACUGGCGGCCGGUGGCGGCGGCGGCAACCGACCCGCCCCUAGCGCCACCGUCCAGCUCAAGAGCACGCGCCACAACGCGGCAGGCAGACGACGCUACUGACCCCCUCGGCCGGCGCUGACGUCAGAGCCGAGCCUCUGACGUCAAUGUGACGUCACAGGCGUCAUUAGGGAGCGACGGGGCGCCGGGCGCGGGCUUGCUGCCGGGGCCGGGGCGCCAGACGUGACGUCAUUUGGGAGUUUCUGAGACUCAGAGUCGGGAACGAUGGUGUGGAACGGACCCGAUGGAAAUAUGCCCGAGUGACGUCAUUUCCCACCCGUUGAGUAUUUAUUCAGGAAGAAUGAUGCCGUUGUGGCUCGUCUUAGCUAUUUGGAUAUAAGCAAUGCAUGCGGUGUCUUAUUUCACUGUUGUUACCUAAUGACUCGCCAAGUGCCUUAUCGUGUCAUCUCAUCGGGUGCACCGUUAUAUGGUGCUGCCCCAUGGGGAAAGAUGAUAUGUUAUGUGUCAGGUUUAAAUGAAUGGCAUGAUACCCCAGAGGUCGGUCUGAUGAGUAUUUAUUCCAGAAUGAAUGUAUCACGCGUGAAUACAUUUUGUUUUUCCUAUACCUA